CAACAUAGCGAACGAAUAGCUGAAAAGAAAGCAAUUGAGGCGGCUGAAAGUGAAAAGUUGAUGAAGAAAAUCAUUCAAAAGCAAGAAGACAGUCAACGCCGUUACGAACAAACUCUGAAGCAAGUGAAGCAACGCGCCGUUGAAUUGAGCAGUCCACGACCGUUCGAAACGAUCACGACCCUCGCCGAUUUCACGCAGUUACCAUCCGAAAUUGAGUAUAUUCACUAUUGCGUUGGUGAUAAUGUGAUCACGUAUUGUGGCAAUGACAAAACGAACAGUAACGAUGAUAAUAACAAUGUUAACAACAGCAAUACUAGUGUCAUGAAAAAGUGUAAUUUAUGCAAUGUAGAGGUACGUAUUGUUUAUUGCAUGUACAUAGGAAAGAUUUAA